GAGCUGAGGGGUUUCUGUGUCGGCCGACCCUGACGAGGCUGCAGCAGACUGAGGAAAGCCUUCCUCGCCUCACCAUGGCUUACAGACAGCUGUGUCUGUUGCUGCUGCUGAGCAGCUACACGGUGGCACAGGGAAGCACUGACAACACUGAGCAAACAUCAGCAUGUCUAUUGGGAUCAAGAUUCAAGGUCCACAGGAAAUAUGUGUAUCAGUACACCACCGAGAGUCGGAACGGCGUGGUGGGCACCGCCAACCUACGAAACGGCCCUAAAGUCACCUGUCAGGUCGAGAUCGAAGUCCCCCAGAUGUGCAGGUUUAUCUUGCACACCAGACACUGCGCUCUCAGCGAGGUGUCCGUCAUGGAUCCGCAGGGCCAGCCGGUGUACGGGCCGGCGCCCGGCUCCGAUGCCUUCAAAGCCAGCAUGGAAAAGAAUCCCCUGAAGUUCAGCGUGGAGGAUGAAACCCACCUGCAGCUUUACCCUGAGACAGACGAAACGGUGAACAUCCUCAACAUCAAGCGAGGGAUUGUUUCUGCUCUCUUGGUGCCGCUUAUGGAAAAUGGACAGAGCGGCCUUGUGAGCACAGUGCACGGACGGUGUUCAACAACAUACGUGGUGAACUCUCAGCAGGACGUUGCCACAGAUGUGACGCUGUCCAGAGAUCUGUCCCAGUGUGACCAGUUUUACGGCAGGGAACUGACCAACAGCCCUCUGGCUCUGCUGCAAAAGCUGCAUAACCCUUUGUCCAAACUCAUCACAAGCAGUCAGAGCUGCAAUUACCUGUUUGAUAACAAGGGAAAGCACAUCACCUCAGCCAUGUGCACAGAAAGACACGUCUACCUGCCCUUCUCCCAUCGAGAGAAUGGAAUAUCUUCUGUGGUGACCCAGGAACUCAGCUUCCAAAGCGUGACAAGGCACAGCAACCGAGUAUUUGAUGUUGACCAGGACCAGGCCAAGUUCCUCCACUUUGAAGAACCUGAUGAUAAAGCUCCAGUCCAGACGAAGGAUGCUGUUCUGAGCACCUUUCAGGAGCUUGUGGCGUUGACAGGCACGGACCAGGGCCAGAAGAGGACCGGCCUCUUCUAUAAGCUUGUUUCUGGCAUGCGAGUCCUGAGAAAUGAGACCCUCAGCCAGACGGUCGCUGACAUGGCAGAUGUUUCACCCUGGCUCACCUUCCAGGCUCUGAUCCAGUGUGGAACUCCAGAGUGCACCAGCGCCAUCAUGCAGGUUAUCUGGACCAUCGAUGGGGUUUCUCUGGAAGUGGAUGCUCUGGUCUACGGGCUGAGUUUGCAGGCUGACCCUGAUGCUGCACGGGUCCGAGACAUGCUCAGUAUGGCUCAGUACAGACAGAGCAAAGCCAUCAUGUAUGCACUGGCGAACACAGUCAAGAAGUUCCAUAAAGGAGAAGUGACGCCAGUGGUCACAGAUGUGUCAAAGUUCAUGGAGAUGCUCCUAAAUGACUGCUCAGAAGACAUCCGAGACAUUGAAUCUGACUUCCCUCCAGAUCCUAAGGAGAUGUCCUUCCUUGUAUUGAGGGUUGUUGGUGUCAUGGGCCAAGCCAUGCAAGAUGUCAGUCCCGGCCUCAUUUCCGCUGUCCUGCAGUGCGCCAAGAAAACAGACAUAGCACUGUCAAAUCAAAAGGCAGCUAUACAGGCCCUCAGGUUGAUGGACAUUAACGAUGAGAUCAGGGCCGCUCUCAUGGAGGUGUACCUGGACCCUCAGAGCCCGGUGGAAAAACGCCUAGCAGCUUAUCUGGUCAUGAUGAAGAACCCGGACCAAACCCUCCUCAGAGAGGUUCUGACUAGUCUGAUGAAGGAGAAGGACGAGCAGCUCAGGAGCUUCGUGAUCUCCCACCUGAACAACAUCCGCGACUCUGAUGAACCACAAAUGCUUCAGCUCCAGGAGGAUAUCGAAACGGCCUUGCAAGGCAGCUUAUCACCCACAGACAGUGUCUUUGAGGGUUUGUCACGUAACUACAAAAUCAACUCCCCACUGGGCUUCUUACAAAGCAACAUCAUCCUCGAUGGAAAGGACACACUGCCGAAGGAGAUGAUGCUGGAAGCCACUCUGAAGGCUUUUGACUACAACUACGACCUUUUUGAGGUCGGUGUUGAAGGAAGAGGAUUUCAACCUACAAUUGAUUCUCUUUUUGGAGAGAAAGGUUUCUUCCCUGAAUCCAUCUCCAGACUCGUUUACCUGGCAGGCGACAGUGCUCCGAUGCUUAAAGACGUUCUGGACAAAAUUUCCCCUCGUCAAGACAGAAUGAAGAGACAGGUCUCAGAAGAUCACCUGAAAGGAAUCACAGAAAGUUUCCAGAAGCUUGUGAACAACGUGCGUUUCUCUCCAACCCCUGAAGCCACCGCCUACCUCCGGCUUCUGGGAGAUGAGAUCGGAUACUUGAAGACCAGUGAAAUGAGAAAAAUGUUCGAGACUCUAUUCAUGUACUACCAUGUUUACAUCAGGGUCUUACCUGCACAGGCCUUCUUUAAGCUGACGUCCAGCACUGAAAAUGAGUUUUUUUUCCACUACAUCUUCAUGGAGAAUGCCUUCUCUCUACCCACUGCUGCUGGAUUCCCUCUUAAAUUUUCUCUGUCAGGUCUGUUUGCACCUGGUGCCAAAGGAGGCUUCACUCCAUCAUCUAUGACUGACUUGUCCUUCAUGCCUUCAGUUGGGCUAGAAUUCAUCACCCAAAUGGGUGUACACAUUCCAGACUACGUGGAUGCAGGAAUUGAGAUGCACACUAAUAUGUACCAUGAGAGCUCUAUCAAUGCAAAGUUCAGUGUGAACAGAAACCAGGUUAAGCUAUCGGUCCCUGCUCCCAAGUCCAACUUCCAGCUGCUCAGCAUCAGCAACAAACUUUUGUCCGUCUCAGCCGGUCAAACAAAGAUUGUACCGUCUCUGGUGGAGGACCGGGUCGACUCCACUGACUGCCAGCCCCUGUUCAGUGGCCUGAAUCUUUGCACAAAAGUGCGCUACUCCAAUGCUACCUCUGUAGACCGGGCCCCAUAUUACCCCCUGAGUGGAGAAACCACGUUUGCCGUUGAAAUCCAGCCCACGGGGAAAGUUUCUGAGUACACUGCCACCAUCACAGAUGAAACACUCAGAGAGGGUAAAAAGGGUCGUAACAGAGUAGAGUCUCUGAAGCUAACCCUCAGGGCAGAAGGUGAAGAAUCAGUGGAGGCCUCAGCUUCUCUGAAAUACAACCACAAUAAAAACCUCAUCUCUGCUGAUGUUGUCGUUCCUGGCUAUGAUGUGGAAGCGGGCAUAAAGCUGGCGGUAACUGAUGGUGAUUAUGAAGGAAAGAAGAUGCGAGGCAUCACCAUUGAUGUUACCAACAAGAACAUCCCACAGCUGACCCUUGUUGGACGUGUGAGACUGGACCAGAUGAAAGAGGCCAUGCUGCAACUCCAGAUGGAAAUUCCUUCUCUGAAAACUGACGCAUCCGUCACUGCAGUCCUGAAGAGGGACGAAGACGUGCUCCUGGACUUUGAGACAGUUGUUCACAUCCCUGAGAGCUCCUACCAACACUCAGCCUCUCUAAAAUAUGAUGAUGACAAGUUUGAGGUGGAACUGAAAACGGACCUGAACUCUGACAUACAGAAACUGAUUCCAAGUGCAGAGGAGCAUCACAGACAACUCCAAAAGCUCAUUGAUGACAUCCUGGACCAGAAGGUGGCGAAAACCGACAUGAAGCUGCGCCACAUUGUUAGCAAGGGGAUUGUGGCAGGCAACAUUUGGUUGGACAAGCUGACUGAACGCUUCCCUUCUCUGGCAAACCUUCGAAGCAAAAGGAGCCUCUCAGAUCUCACUUUGCCAGCACUGCCUGAAAAACUGUUUCUGCACUCUGACAGUUUGCUGCGAUACCAGUUCAACAAGGAUAAGAUCAUCAUCUCUCUUCCUCUUCCACUUGGAGGCAAAAAUUCAGAGGAGAUGAACAUCCCUAUGAGUCUGUCUCUGCCUGCCAUUAAUUUACCACAGAUUGGCCUGAAUAUCCCUGCCAACAAGUAUUCACUGCCUUCCUUCACUGUACCACCAUCUUUGGAUUUCACUGUACCCCUGCUUGGCCUGGCUGAAGCAUCAACCAAGAUCCAGAGCAACCUUUACAGUUGGGAAGGCUCCAUCUCGGGGGGUAACGACACUGUUGAUGUUCCCAGCUACAUUGUACAGUACAAGGCUGUGGCUCAGUCGCCGUUAAACCUCCUGUCAUACAAACUAGAAGGGAUCGGGAUGAUAUCAGGACGACCUGAUGAUAAUCUCAAGUAUCUUCUGAAUAGCUCCUUCAGCCACAGCCUCAUUGACACAAGCUUCAGUGUCUUAGAAACCUUAAGAGUGUCAAACAAAUUAAAUGCAAGAGCCAAUUACAAGUUUGAGGCCUCUAGUCCGCUAGGUCUGCACACCUCACUCUACUACUCUGCUCAGUCAACUUCCACUCCAGAUUCAGAUGAAGUCUCAGGAGACGGCACUGUGGAUGGACUACUUAAGUUUGGCUCAUUCCACACUAAUACGUCUUACACUCACAGCUACAACCUACGUCCACUGGAUCGAGAAGGCAGAGGAGAGUCCACCAUGCACUUUGAUUCUCCAUUCAUCCAGUUUCACAACAUGAUCCAAGGAGCCUAUGCAAACUCUGAGUUGAAUGUCAUAUCUAAAACCACUGCCAUGAGGGACAUCUUCAAGCAUGUGGCAGAGCUCAAGUAUAAAGAUGCACAACUGACGUUAAAGUGCAACGCUGUCGGCACAGUCAUGGAUAAAUCAUUAAAUAACAAAGUUGAGCUUGGUGUAUCAAGCCAAAUGUCCAUCCUUAGAAUCGAAUCCCAGGCGGACGAUGACACAAAUAGGAUAUACUCGCUUAUAACUGGAUCCCUGGAUUCAAACGGGCUCGAGGUGAACUCUGAGGGCUCCCUCACCUUUGACGCAGGUCGUGCAUUGCAUAAAGCUACUGUAAGAGCUGGAAGAGAUGGUCUAACCUUUGGUGGAACAAACAACAUCCAGUGCAGCCCUGUCACCAUGGAGAACAUCUUCAAUGGUGCCAUAGACAUCAACGGAGCAUCGUUGUCUUCCACCACCAAGGCGAUGGCAGAGGAGAGCAGAGGACAGCUGAACAUUGAGGGUAAAAUCACAGCCUCUGAAGCCUCUUUGAACGGUGAACUCAAGGGCCACUCCUAUGAUGCAACCACAACAAACAUCAUGAAUAUUGUAUUAAACAGAAGAGCUCUGACUUUUAAUGGUAACACAAAGGGAACUCUGAGGCAAAUAAAAACAGAAAGCAGUCACACACUCAUCCUGACUUUGUGGACAUUUGACCUCAAAUCCAACACUGACAACUUCAUCUGUGAUGAUAUUUACUACAAACAACACACUAAAAUUAAUAUGAAGCCAUUUGUUAUGGCUCUCGACAUGACCAAUGACCUCAAGCUUUAUGACCUCAGUAUGAACAACGAAGGCCACUUGAAGCUUGAGCCAGUUAAGGCGGAUCUCAGUGGAAGUGUGAUGGGAGCCUACGGAGACAAACACAACAUCAAACAUACCUAUGAACUCACCUAUAAUGAGAUGGCUGGCUCAGUGAAAUACAGUACAUCUGGAACUGUAAUGGAUGCCCAGUUAAGCCACAACUGUGAACUUGAAUUUGCUGGACUUUCUUCAACAUCAAAAUGUGACGCGCGUUUAAAUUCUGAACCUCUACGCUUUAAUGGUUCCGUUCGCACCAUGGCGCUGCCUUUCAGUCUGAACAUUGAUGCUCUUGUGAGCAGUGAUGGAAAAGUAAAUUUACUUGGAAAGCACACUGGACAGCUGUACAGCAAGUUGUUGGUUAAAGCUGCACCUCUUGCUCUUGCAUGUUCACACGAGUGCCGAGUCUCAACAACACAUACACUUCCAAGUGGGGAGUCUUCCACUAGUUUGGAAAACAAAUUUGAGGGUCUACUGACUCCAAAGGACCAAUCUUUGGAUUGGAAAGUCAACUCCAAAAUGAACAACCAUGGUUAUGAACAGGACUUGAGUGCUUAUAAUGGCCCUGAAAAGGCUGGAAUUGAGUUUUCAGGAGUAAUGCAAACAGACAUUGUCAGCAGAUACAAGAGAUCAACACCAGAAACAGAAAAAUUCAGUGUGGCUGGUUUUCUAAAGUAUGACAAGAACAGUAACUGUCACAUUAUUGAGAUCCCAUUCAUUGAGAGCAUCCCUGUUGCUUUUGAGCAGCUAAAGAGCACACUUGUGCAAGCCUUAGAGUCCUUCCAACAGUUCAUCCACAAUUUAAACAUAAAUCAGCUAAUCAAAGACUUCAGAGACAACAUUGAUCAGGUCCCAAUUCACGUGAAGAACUUUAUGCAAAUAAUGGACUUAGAAAACAAGGUGAAUCAAGUAAAAGAUAAAUUGGAUUAUUUCAUUGCUGAAUUUGCUGUAACGAUGGGAGAUUUUGAGCUUGCAAUGGAGAAUCUGAGACAGAAUGUGGAAGCUACGGUAAUGGACAUAGUUACCAAAGUUCGAGACCUCAUCUCUACAGUGGAGGAACAUAUAAAAGCAGGACAUCUCGCCGACAAGAUCACCAAUGUACUUACAUAUAUUGGAGCUCAGCUUCAGGCCUUUGAAGAGAAGUAUAAAAUCAAGCAGUCAUUUGUCAGAGCGCUUAUUGUCUUGGAGGACGUCAUCAGACAAAUUGACUUACAGAAACUUAAGGAAAGCAGCGUCGCAUUCCUGCAAGAACUUGAUUCUAAAUAUGGGAUCAUGGAGACGAUCAAAGAGAAACUGUCUGAGCUGAAACAGGUGAUCCAGGACCUCAGUCCCAACCAGCUUUUAGAAGAUGUGAAGAAUUACCUCCUCUCAUUCGACUGGGCUUCUUACAUUGAGCAGCUUUCCUAUCAAAUCCCAGCCUCAGAGAUUGCAAAAGUGUUGGAAUCAAUGAAAGACGUCAUUGUCAAUUGGAUUGACGAAUAUGAAAUCCCCCAAAAAAUUAAUGCAGUUAUCGACUACUUCAAGGCUUUCAUUUUAAAACAUGAACUUGACAUUAUUUCCAAAGAUUUAAUGGAUCAGGCAGUGACUCUUGUCAAGGAAUUUAAAAUCGAGGAGACUGUCCAGUCAGUGGUAGACGCUUUAAAAUCAAUCAAAUUUGAAUUUGUUUAUGAUAAAAUUAUUAAAUUUUUGCACACUGUGAAAAAUCAACUCCAGGCAAUCGACUUUAAGAAAAGCAUUGGUGACAUUAAUGAGCAUAUUUCUUCAACACUUGAGUUAAUGAAGGAAUUUGACUACAAUGCAUUUGUUGAUGAGACUAAUGUGAAGAUUGCCCAGCUAACAAAAUAUAUCAAUGAUGAGAUAGAGAAGUAUGAGAUUGUGCAAAAGAUUGAGGCUCUCAGGGAGUUUUUCAGAGAAAUCCAAAACUCCAUCUUUAAGUAUCUGGAUGAACUAAAAAACACCAAAGUGGCCGAUGCUCUAAAAAAACUGAAAGAAGUGAUCGAUACUGCAUUUUAUAAUGACAUCAAACUCAAAAUGCAGGACAUCCUUGAGGACAUGAGGCAAAGAAUUCUUGACAUGGAUAUCAGAAAUGAAAUUUACAUCCACCUGCAGAGAAUAAGUGAAUCCUACAGCAAUAUAGUUGCCUACAUUUCUGCACAGUUUACCCAGCUGAUGGAAAAAAUCAGUGAAAUGGCCAAUAACAACAAGAUCAUCAACCAGAUUAAACAAGCUGUAAAUGGAGUUUUGGAUGAACUACAACGAGCUGAGAUUGAAUUUCCCACUUUUACCGUCCCUCUCACUGACCUGGAAAUACCAGCGUUUACAAUCAACCUGAACAAACUGAAGGACAUACAAAUCCCAGCUCAAAUAUCUGUUCCUGAAUUUACCAUCCUCGACUCGUACACAAUUCCUGCCUUUACUAUAGACUUUGAAGAGCUUAAAGCUAAAAUAGUUGCAAUCAUAGAUGACAUUAAAGCAUUUGAGAUCCAAACUCCUGACCCAGUGGAAAUCUUUGGUGACCUGAAAGUCCUCUACCUAUUUAAAUUGCCAGACCUCACCCUUCCAGAAAUAACUCUUUUAGAAAUAAAAUUCCCAGCCAUCAGCAUUCCCAAAUUAAACAUGGAGGACUUUGAAAUCACAAUGCUUUCAAUUCCAGACAUAACGCUUCCAGAAAUUCCCAGUGACGUUUGCAUUCCAGCUUUUGGAAAACUGCAUGGAGAAUUUACCAUCACCUCCCCACAGUACACUCUUGUAACUACAGGGAAAAUUGAAAACUCAACAUCCACUCUGAAAAACCCACAGUUCACAGCCACCAUUGCCUCCCAUGCUAAAUCACCCAUUGAGCCUCUGGAAUUCACUUUUGAAGCCAAUGCUCAGCUGGAAGCUCCCAAAAUGAAGAAGCUGCUCUUCAAAGAGACAGUGAAGGCGACACACAUGGCCUUCGCCAUCAAUCAUGAAGGAUCACUGACAUUCACUGGCUCCUCAGUUGAGGCUUCUGCCAAAACUACCGCCAAGGCCACAACCCAAAUGUACACAGCAGAUCUGACCAGCAACAUGGCCCUUUCUUUACAGAAUGGAUUACAUUCAACGAUAGCAACAACCUACAGCCACAACUUGGACAUCCCAUCAAUGGAAACUUCUAGUCAGGUGUCUAUUAAACAUAACAUAGCAGCCUCAAAGGAAUCUGGUAAAAUUACUGUGACCGGCCAAACUAAUAGUAAUGGAAAGUGGUCUGUUAAAGACUAUUCUGAUGAAGGUACACACAAAAGCAACAUAGAAUUCACUGUUGACUUCAGCACUGCAAAGCUGACUUUUGAAGGAGAAACAGGCUGUAAGGCCCUAAAAAUGAAGCAAACACUGUUUGCCGAGUCUGUGAUCUUAAGCCACAUCAUUGUAGACGCAACAUGUGAAACGGAAACUCCGUCCAUCAAGAAGAGUAUUAUGGUUCUGAAUGGAGAGGCUCAUAUUGGAGACUUGAAAGCUGUGCUGACAGCCUCUCAUAGCGCUGAAUUCACUGAAAGUCUGACAGGAUCUGUUUCUAAUUUGCUUGAAUUUAAGGCCCAUCCAUUUGAGAUUAUCCUUGAUGUUAAAAAUAAAGUUACCUCCAAACUUUUCUUCCCCCUAAAGCUCACCGGUAAGGUGGAUCUCCAGUAUGAUUACGGUGUUGUACUGAACUCUGAGAAACAACGUGCCUUUUGGGUUGGUUCAGCCAGAUUCAACCAGUACAAGUACAGCCACAACAUCACAGCUGAAAACAACGAAAUGAACAUACUCUUCCACUCUUCUGUCAGCGGAGAAGCUAAUUUGGACUUUCUGACUAUUCCUCUCUCUAUUCCAGAAAUGACCAUACCUCAUCUUGAAACGAAGACUCCUGAGGUCACAGACUUUUCUCUGUGGGAACAUACUGGAUUAAAAUCCUUGCUUAUUACUCCUCAACAGUCAUUCGACAUGAACCUGAAGCUUCAAUACAGCAAGAACCCCGAUAUGCACAGCUUUGAGUUGCACCUUGAACCAAUCUACAAUGCAAUAAGUGACAAUGCCAAAAUAUUACAGAUUCAGUUUGAGGUGUACAGAGACAAAGUAGUUGCAUUUUUAAAAGAUUCAUACAAUGAAGCAAAAUCACAGUACAUCAAACACAAAAUAGACACGUCUAGCUUGCCUCCUAGGAUCUUCAGAGUCCCUGGAUACACAAUACCAGUUCUGAACAUACAGGUAUCUUCUUUCAGUGCCGAGAUGCCGGCCUUUACUUACUUUGUACCCAAGGAGGUCAGCACACCAAGCUUCAAAGUUCCAGCGCUUGGUUUCUCUGUGCCAUCCUACACACUUGUGCUGCCUUCUCUGAGGUUACCAGUCCUUCAUGUUCCAGACACGUUAAGUGAAAUAAGGCUGCCUGCUUUCACUCUACCAGCCGUUCAGGACAACAUCGUGAUCCCAGCAAUAGGCAACAUAACCUGUGACUUCUCCUUCAAAUCCACAGUGAUCACUCUAAGUGCUAAUGCUGGCUUUUACAAUGAGUCGGACAUUGUUGCACGCUUUGGUGCCUCUUCAGUGUCUGUGUUUGACACUUUGAAUGGAAAAAUCGAUGGCACCACUAGUUUGACAAGAACAAGGGGUCUAAAACUUGCAACCAUUGUGUCCUUGGAGCAUAAAUAUAUAGAAGCAAAUCAUGAAUGUGCUGUUAGUCUCAACAAGAGGAGCCUGGAAGCUUCUAUAGCCAAUAGUGCAAAGAUAGAUUUGCCUUUCCUCAAACUAGAAUUCAGUCAAGAGCUCACAGGCAAUACUAAGACAAAGCCAAACGUUUCCUCCAAGAAAAAACUGAGGUACAUGUUUAAUAUUCCUCUGGUUGAAUCAGUAGGCAAAGGAAACCUUGACAUAAACUGGGAACUCGAAACUCUUUUGUCUCAUGUAUCCCUGGAGAUGUCUACCGAAGGAAAGUCAGACAUAACAAUCAUGGACAACAACUUCGUUGGAGAUCUGUUGAAUAGAGCAAAUUUCUAUCUUAAUGCUAACAGCCUGCGUUCAACAGCUACGACUGCCUUGAAAGUAAACAUGGACGAACAGGAGAAACAAAAACGGAGCUCAGAUAACAACUUCCUGUUUGAUUUGGACAACAACCUGGCUCUUGAGGUUUCAUUGCGGCGGGUGUUUGCAACAUUUGAUUACACAAGCAAUAACAUUGUAGAUUUGGCAUCUUUGGAAACAAAUGGAAAACACUUGUUUAAGGGAGAACUAGAUUUUGUUCCUUUAACAGCCUUUAGGACCACGCUGAUGACUGAGGCUAGUCAGAUGAGUGGUUUGGGUAAUGCUGAGAUCGUUCACAACAUCAACCUAGCCAUUGGCUAUGAGAAGCAGACCUUUUCCUGGACUGGAAAGGAACAACUGGGAUCUUUCACCCAAGCUUGUGAUUUGUCCUUUUCCAACGAUGAAUCUGAGAUCCGUAUGGACUUGGCUGGAUCGGUGGAGGGUCAUCUGGCAUUCUUGAAGUCAAUCCAACUUCCUGUUUAUCAGAGAUUCAUGUGGGAUGUGCUCAAAUUUGAUGAGGUCACAAGGAUGGACAACUUGCAAUCCUUUAAGAUCUCCUCCAGUGUUGUAUACACAAAAAGCAUGGAUGGCUAUGAUUACGCAAUUCCAACUAAACUAUUUGAAAAUGGAGUCACUUUUAGCAUCCCUGAGAUAAGCAUUGCAAUGCCUUCUUGGGUAAAAGAGAUUCCUCAGACAAUCAAGAAUAUAGAUAUGCGUUUUGAAAACGUUGAUGUUCCGGACCAUCUUACUCUUCCUCCUGAAAUCUCAGUCCCAGCCUUCGAGGUGCCUUUUACCAACUUACAUGUGGAGUCAUUUACAGUCGAUCCAAAGAACCUUGACAUCCCUGAAGUGAUCACCACAAAGGCUUUUGACAUCAUGCUUCCCGGCAUCCCUGUGAUAUCAGUGCCCAGUUACGACAUUAACACGAAACACCUGCAGGGUAAAAUGUCAUUCCUGUUAUUCAAAAUCCCACAAUAUGAGAUCACGAUGUCCUCUUUCAUGCUACCAACAUCCUUCACCAUUGGAGAGCACACCAUCAGUCUGAAUGACAUCACAAACCAGAUUUCAAACUUCCAAUUCCCAAACAUCAUUAUCCCGGAGCAAAAGAUUGAAAUCCCUGAAACAGCCCUGUACCUACCCUCUAGUGUAUUCAUCCCAACUUUUGGAGCCCUCAGUGCCACUCUGAAUGUUUCCACCCCAAUUUAUAAUGUGUCAACAUCUACUAAUAUGGAGAAGAAGAACUCUAACCUCAUAACUUCGCUCUAUUCCUUCUGUACUUCCACCAUGAUCUUCCUGGAAUAUGAACUCACAGCUAAAGCAACCCUUGGAUACGAUAAUGAAGUGCUUAAUCUGAAUGGGAACUGUAAAUUGGCUCAUAGUGACAUAAAUGUCGACUGGCAACACAUACUGACACGUAGCUUGAGAACAAAGCGCCAAGUCUCUCGAGGUGAUUCAACAAACCAGGAGUCUCGUCACACUCUCAACAUUGACGUCACCAGCCGAUCAUUCGCUGAUGUCAGUUUCCGCUUUGCUUCCCGCAAAGAUGGCAUCACUGCAUCGAUAUUGUCUCCAUCAGCUGGUUUCCUUGGGUUGCAUCUUCAGCGGAGGUCUCCUUCACAGCUGGUUGGAAAACUCUUCAGCCGCUACAUGUCCACUCCUGAUAAGGACACUAAUGUUUUCACUGCAAAAGCAUCGCUGAGAAACUCAGAGAAGUUGGUCCUUCAGACGUCGUGGAAUUGGGGCUUCUUCAAUGACCUGACCGAGGGCGUCAAGAACAAAAUCCCUGCAAUGACCAAUGCUGUGCUUGUGUGCAUUAACAAAUAUCACACCGCACACUUUGGCUUCGAUCUGAACCGUGGCAGCAUGAAAUUAAAGAGCUCAGUUUCUAAUGUCAUAGAGAGGGCCUUUCACAAGGUUUCUAUGUAUUUUACUGCACUGCGGGAUGUUGUUCAAAUCCUCGCUCGUCAAGGGAAGGAUAUAUACAGCAAGGCUUCGGAUGUCCUUAUGUCCAUGAAUGUGCAGGAUCUCACAGACAUGGCAGUCCACCAGCUGAAGCAGGUCAUUAAUUACACCCAUGAUAGAAUUAAAGUCUUAGUAGAUGCAGUCACACAAAUCUUAAGUGGCAGAAAGUUUACCGUUCCUGGAUCAGACAGGAAGCUCACCAUCAUGGAGAUGUUUCAGAGAGCUCAGCGGUCCAUUUCAAAAGCUACAGACCGGGCUAUCCAACGGUUCUUCACCCUCAUGGGGAAGAUUUCUGCAUUCAUCAGGAACACUGAGUUCACCAUACUGGGAACUGAUGUCGUUGUAAAUGGAGAUGAGAUCAUGGAUAAGCUGCAGUCGUUCCUAGAAUCUGCAUAUGGUAAAAUUCAAGUUUCCAUGAGAGAAGGGGUCAGUUUGCUUUACAAGGCAGUCAACGGCGUUUUCCAGAUAAUCGCAGAGAAAGCCGAAGAGCUCCUCACCUACCUCAAGGAUAAAAACUUGGAGAUGACUCCAACGGUCGAUAACGUUUAUGCUGAGGUUGUGCAGUCCUCGCGGCAGCACUCAGAGGAAGCAAAGAGAUGCGUGGCUGAGUACAAAGACCUGGUCAAGCUGAAGAUCCACCAGGUUUAUAAUUCUGUAAAUGUGGAGCUCGUUAACAGCAGAACCAAAGAGUUCAUCAGCAUUUUACAGUCUAAUCUGUCUGAAGCAUUUACUGAUAGCGUAGAUCUGAUGAAACGGGCAUCUCAGAGCACAGCUCCGUACGUUAGAGUCAGCAACGAGAAGGUGGACGUUGAAAUUCCUUUACCGUUCCUUUGGAAAUCCUUCAGCGAGUGGCCGACUCAGUUCAGACAGUAAAGUCAGCCUCGGCUUCCUGAGCGCGCCCGUUCUGGCUGCAAGAUGUUCAGUCACGCAUGUCUGAGUUUAAUGACUUUUCAUUUGAUGUCAGUUUAUAAAAAAAGUUUAAAAGUUGUUUUAAUUUAAUUAAAAAACACACUUUUUUUUCGGGUUGGCUGAUUUCUAUAGUUUUACAACCCACCAGAGUCUCACAUGUAUGUUGUUGUUUAUUGAUGGUAUUUCAUUAAAGACUCAUUUCUGUCUGUCACAGCUUCAUUAUUUCCUAUAAGAACAGAACAGAAAACAUUGAACACCCAUGAAAGAGUAAAAGAAAAUGAAGAAUCAUUGUUUAGCAGCAGGUUGUUCUUCUUCAUCACCCUGUACAUUCAUCACAUGAGAAAAAAUAAAUAAAUACUGUGCCACGCUGACAUAAAUAAGACUAUUGAACAAGGACUUAGCUUUGA